GCUCCGGAGCUGCGGCCGGGCCAUGCCGAGGAACGCGGUUGUCGUCUUGCGCUACGGGCCGUACAGCGCGGUGGGCCUGUCCGUGGAGCACCGCACCUUCCGCCUGGAGGGCCUGCAAGCUGUGCUGGCCAGAGAUGGACACGAGGUCAUCCUAGAGAAGAUAGAAGACUGGAGUGUGGUAGAACUCAUGGUAAAUGAAGAAGUGGUCUUCCACUGCAACAUCAAGGACUUGGAGUUUGGAGGUGAUGGUAAAUUAGACCCACUGUGUGAAAAGGCCAGGAUAGCCGUGCUGAAUGCCUACUGAUCUCCUCAUGCAACGGGCGUCUCAAGUGGGCAGAACGGCAGCUGCCCCCAACCAUUCUGUGAUGCAGACAGCAGCGGCCAUGCUGAGGCACGGACGCUGGGCUCUACCAAUCAGAACGGGGUGAUGCCGGCCUGUCCGUCAGCUUACACAGCAUCGGGUUUCUCACCUGGCUGCUAGGGGCCCAGAAAUAAUAAAACCACAUCAUUUGCAGCAUCUCUCGGUCUCAACCCAUAGGGAGAGCCCUCCAAUAUUAGGUACGCACUGAGCUGAAGGAAAUAAUAAAAUGCAAUCUAAUAACAAGGUGCCAUCCGGUACUAAUAACACAUAGUUGCCAGAAGCAUUUGAGAAGCCAUUCGACAGUCGGUGAAGAGCUAGGUAAGAUUAGAGAGGGGAUGGUGGGAGGGGGGCUUGGGGUGUAGACUAGAGGCCUUUCGAUGUCUGAACCCAAAGUUAAUG